GUCGGAGGCUGCUGUUUUCGGGCUUUUCUGCCUGGUCCAGAUUUUACUACCUGUGUAGGAUCUCUUUUUCUGCCCAUUUUUGGAUUCAAGUUUACAAAAUAAUUAGAAAAAUCACAGGAUUAUCCUAAAAAUAUUCACCACGUGCAUUCAUCAAUAAGACACAAGUAGGAAGUCUUCUCCGGAAUAUAUAAAGGAAAACCUAUCCGGAAAACGGUUCUUAUUUUAAACAAAAAAUAUUGUUUCGUUUCAAGCAAACUUUCAUGCAUGUUCAGUAUUUUAGUUGAAACAAUAAGACAGAAAUUAGGAGAGAUAGGAGUGUGUUCCAAAGAAGAACGGAACAUGGAAAAAUACAGAGUGUAGAAGAAAAUUGUACCCCCUCCUCCAUUUAUUGAUAUAAAAAAGAAAAUACCACGGUAAGGGACUGAGAUUACUGAAGACUUUUUAAGACGAAGAACCGAAAUCCAGCUUUCCUUAUUAUCAUAUCUGAACCAGUGACGUGUUCUUCUCGCUACCUAUAAAUGUAGAGGACAGUCACAGUGAUUGAGCGAAAGCGAAAGUAGGCAGUCUGGUUUUCCCUGUUUCCCUCCGAAAGCAAAAGGCGGGUGGCGGGCUGAUGACUAACUUCUUUAAUUUAUUGUUAUAUAUUGAAUAUGAAAUGGAAGGAAACUUUUACACAACAGAAAAAUACCAGUAUGCUAUUCUGGUUUUGGAUGAUAAUGCUGGUGUUACGUGAAGGGUUUGGUAUAGACCAGCCAUACGAAGCAUUGAAUGAUACCACGUGUCAUGAAAUCAUCAAACAGCCUAAUUACCAGUCUCGUCUACCCUGCACAGGGAAAGAUGUGAGAUAUCACUGUCUUCUGGAUGGGGAUAGCACCAAGGAGUAUGAAGUUUGCAGAGAGUGGAAGUGGAUUCCAAAAGACAAAUGUGCAUACUUCAAUACAUAUGGAAGUGGAAAUGUGGAUGAGAGAGACUGUGAAUCCACCCCUGAUCUACCUUGUGCUGUCAAGGAAUACAACUCAGCAGAUAAUACCCAAUAUGCUGCCUGUUAUGUGAAGAAAGAAAUGACAACCGUACCAAUCUUAGAAACAAGGGUUGUUAAUUCAUCGAAUGGAGAGAAUUCAUCACUGGGACAAACCCCUCCAACUAAUUCAAUUCAGGAUAAACAAAGUCAUCCUGGGAGUGCUCUAGGAAUUGCAUUUGGUGUACUUAUACCAUUAAUCCUGGCAGUUGCUUUAGCAGUUUUAUUAAUCAAACGUGGAAAUAUAUUGGAACAUUGCAGAAAAGACAGCAAAGGGAAUAUACCGCCUUUAGAAAAUGAAAGUUAUCCAACUGAGGAGGAUAAACUUUUGGAGUGCAAUGAAGAAGAGAAUAAACAGAAUGUAGAGAAUAAAAGGAAAGAGGACAAAACAUCAACAAAGCCUCCUGAAAUAGUUGAUUCACACAGUGGUUCAAGUAUUCCUCAUUCAGAGGAGGCAUUGACACAGAUGUCAAAAAGUCAAGGGAAUGAAUACAGUGACACAGAGUCAUCUCCAGUGAAUGGAUCUUCAGAAAUUCCUGUACAAGUAGAUGAUGAUAUGCAGGGGAAAAAGGAAGUAUCCAUUGAAAAUGUAGAAAGCAAACAGUCAUCUCCUACACAAGGCCCUGUGGAAAAAGCAGAAAAUGAAAGUACUGAAAAGGAUGAGAAUCAAAGUAAAGAAGCAGGUAAUAAAGAUAAAGAUGUAAAAUCGCAUGCUUUGGACAAAAGGGAAGGUAGUUUAAUUUCUGUGCAAGUGAUUUCUACAUCAAAUCAAACUCCAAAGACUGAUAUAAAUCAAGAAGGCAGUAAGAACUUAGAGGAUGACAGCAAAAUGUCUGACUGUUCCACUAUUGGUUCUGAAAAAGAGCAAAGUGAUUCUUCUGAGCCUAUAUCAGAUGAAAAGGGCGGUAAAAAUGAAACUACUGCAGAGGAUACUGGUGGAAGUGUUGACAGUAUUCAAAACGACCAUAAAAAUGAAAACAGUGUAAACCCGUCUGAUAACUUGAUCUUACAAAGUGUUGAUCAGGAUGGGAAUUCAGAUGCAUGUGAAACUAACCCUAACAGUAUUGUAGAAACAGACAAUAAGGAGGAGACAUCUUCAAAAGAAGAAGAAGAAGACACUGGAGGAGUAUUUGAUGAUACACUGGAUUCUAUAAAAAGAAAAGAUGAUGAAGAGAAAGGUGGUUCUCAGGAUUUACAUGAGUUUCUGGAAGAAGUGUCUACAAGACUAGCAAAGAAAAUUCUUUAUUGUAUUUUGAGAAACCAUGUGACAGAUCCAAAAAGUUACCUGAACGAUGAAUCAAAAAUAACUUUGGUCAAAGAAUUUUUACCAACAGAGUAUCAAGCAUCUGUCAAUAUUGACUCGAUACAAAAGAAAUCUAUUCCUGUCAUGUAUACAAUAUUGCAGUUGUCACUUGACAAGGAACUUCAACCCAAGUCUGGUUGGGGUCAAGGGGUCAAGGACAGAGACAUUGGGGUUGGAGAUGAUGUAGAGAGAUUGUAUCGAGUUCAUGAACUGUAUAGAGGAAUUGCAAAUCCAGAACAAGUAUCGUUAGCUGGAUAUACAAGUUUAUUUGAAGUGCUUUUUGAAGCUGUUGAAAGAUUAGAUGUAAAAGGAUGGUGUAAAGAAGAUUACCAGGAAUUCGUCCAAAAAUGGGAAAAUCUGCAAAAAAAUCAGUGGUUUAGGGAUAAUUUGAAAGCUCUACAAAGUUUUUUCAAACAGUGGUCUCUUAGAAGCAGUGCUACUGAUUGAUAUCUUAUAAGAAAAGGUAUGUUUACCUUUUAAUUAUAGAGAGAUGCAAAUGGUGUAAGAUGUUUUCAAAGCAGCUCAAACCAUAUGGUUUUAAAUAUUAAAUGCUAAAGAUUUGAGCAUCUAAAAUAUGCAUAA